AUGUUAUAUGUUCAACUAUUUCAACAUAAUCGUCAAGAUUAUUUAAAACAAUAUCAACGUUCUCAUUUAUUAGCUCAUGAAAACAUUUCACUUUCUAGUAAUCAAUAUAAUGAAAAAUUUCCAAAUAUAUCUCAACAAGCAACACCAAAUGUUGACUAUCAACGUAAUCCAACGUUAUUCUUUCUAUCUAGAAUACCAUCAUUAGAUAUGAAAUCAACGACCGAGCAUCAACAAAAAACAGGAAAUAAAGAUUCUAUGACAACUUUACAUAGAAGUUCAAUAACAGAUUAUAACAAAAAAGUAUCAAAUGAACAUAGUGAAAAAUUUUCCACCUUCGCUCGUCAUCAAGCAUAUAGUAAUGUAUAUCGAUUAGCCCAAUCUACGACAAUAGGAAAUCAUUUGAUAUCCAAUUCAAUUCACACUGAAUUUGAUAGACCAACAACAGCUCCACUUAUAUUUGAAACAACUAUUCAUCGACCAGUAUCUGAAAAGAUAAAAACUGCUAUGUUAUCUCGUUCACCAACACCAUUACGAAAUGCACGUUUAGUAGAUUCAUCAGAUAAUUAUGAUAAUACAAGACAUGCAUUGUACUAUCAAUUAAAAUCACCAGUAUUCAAAAGUGACAAUCAUUUUAUACAACAAUCUUCUCAUAUAAAUACAAGUAUUCCUAUGAAUGAAACUAUAAAUACAAAUAGUUAUAAUAGUUUUAUUGAUUUACCUGUUGAUACUAAUUCACAUGGUAUAACAACAGUAAAUUAUGAUGAUGAACCACAAAUACUUUAUCGUAAUACUCAACACAAAAUGAGUGGUUUUCAACAUAUUGCAAAUUUAGGUAGUUGGCAACGUAAUUCAAAAAAUAGACAAAUAGAAUCAUUAGAAAAAUCGAAAGAAAUAGAACGUGAAUAUGAAAUUUCAAAAAAUAUUGAUCAAUCUUCAUUGAAUUCAUCAUCAUCAUCAACAACAACAACUUAUGAAUAUAAAAGUCCAUUUUCUGAAGAAUAUGAUCAAGCUAUUUCUUUACAUACACAUUAUCAAACAAAUAAUAAUAUUAAUGAAUGGCAUUUAAGAGAUUUUUAUCGUGAUGUUAAAACACAAUUCGAACCAGACACAAAUACUAAAGUAGUUUUUGAAAAAUGUCUCAAAUUAGCAAGAUUACAAGCAAAUACAAUCAAAUGGGAACAACGUCGUCGGCAAAAUUUAAUUAUAUAUAAUCGUCUUCUAAAAAAUGGUACAUUUGAUAAUAAUAAUAAUAAUAAUGAAAAAGAAAUUCGAGAUAUAAAUGAAUUAAAACGUGAAUUACGUUGUAAUGAAUGUAAACGUUUAGCAUGUCUUGGUAAUUGUGCACCAGGUAAUGAAUAUCAUCAAUAUAAACGUUUUCCACCAUUUUCAUCAUUAUCAAAUACACGUGAUCAAAAUCGUUCGAGACUUAAUUUACGUACACAACGAUCAACUAUGGAUUUACGUCCUUGUACAACACAACAGACAACACGAGAAACAAAAUUUAAAUUUGAACAAACAAAUACAAAUCCUGUUGUUAUUGUACCUGUAUUUGAAAAUGAAUCACAAACAAAACGUUCACAAAAAAAAUUAACUCAUCGAUAUCUACCAAAUAAAUCACUUCGUUCACAAAGACGAGAAACAUUAACAGCUAUUACAACACCAAAAAUUUCAAGUUAA